GUCGGGGAGCUGACACAGUUGCCAACCUUCUGGCUGAGAGAGGAGGCCGGGGUUAAAGUCUGAGAUCAGUGACUUGCAGAACGGCCCCUUCACCCCUCACUGAUUUUCCUGUAGGGAAGGGUGGACACACUGGAGUCAGAACCUCCCUGGGGCAACUUGUUUUUUUGUGUGUGUAUAAACAGGUUGCAAGAUGAGACGGGGGAGGAGACAGAGCAAAGCAAAUCCCUAAGAGUUCCUUCAGAAACGUGUUGGAGAAAGGUGGAAAAGCAGCACCGUGGGGAAUGAAGAGGAAAGGAAGACGGAAAAAGGACAAGCAGCAUCAGCUGGAAGGUCACGGAGCGGCCGGUCAGAGCUGCGUCCACCUGGAGGAUGGUUAUGGAUUUCGGAGAAAAUGUAAGUUAAGUCUGUCUACCCUCUGACCAGAUGUCCCAAGAGACAGUCUACUCAUUUCCUGGCUUUGAAUGAUGGGCUUUUGGAAGCGUUGUCUCUUCUGCGUGUCUCUGGUCUCAGCCCUGAUUUUUGUGUUUGUUUGCAAAAACGAGUUAGGGGAGAAUAAAAAUUUCCUGGAAGCUUCCAUAUCCAAUGCUUCACUAUUAUCAGAAGUCUGUCACCAGAUUUUUAAGGGGAAGAGUUUUUGCCCUAAAAAGAAUGCAUUGAAGAGUACCUUCAGUGAAACCACCUGUCAUGAGUACGUGGCUCGGAGUCAUUACAUAACAGAGACACUCUCUGAAGAAGAGGCUGGCUUCCCCUUGGCUUAUGUGAUGACCAUCCACAAAGACUUCGGCACGUUUGAGAGACUCUUCAGGGCUAUUUACAUGCCCCAAAAUGUCUACUGUGUUCACGUGGACGAAAAGGCAACAGAUACAUUUAAAGGCUCGGUGAAGGAGUUACUGAGCUGCUUCCCAAAUGCUUUUCUGGCUUCCAAGAUGGAGUCCGUGGUCUAUGGUGGGAUUUCCAGGCUCCAGGCUGACCUGAACUGCAUCAAAGAUCUUGUGGCCUCAGAGGUUCCGUGGAAAUACAUCCUCAACACCUGUGGGCAAGAUUUCCCCCUGAAAACCAACAGGGAGAUUAUUCGGCAUCUGAAGGGAUUUAAAGGGAAAAAUAUCACCCCCGGGGUGCUGCCCCCAGCUCAUGCAAUUGGGCGGACUAAGUAUGUCCACCACGAGCUGUUAAAGCAAAAAAAUUCCUACGUGAUUAAAACCACAAAAUUGAAAACACUGCCUCCUCACAACAUGACCGUUUACUUUGGCACUGCCUACGUGGCCCUCACAAGGGAAUUCGCAAACUUCGUCCUUCACGACCCACUGGCGCUUGACUUAAUGUCCUGGUCCAAGGACACGUACAGUCCUGAUGAACAUUUCUGGGUCACACUCAAUAGGAUUCCCGGAAUGAAUCCCUGAGUCACCUGACCUGCUUCAAGAGUAAUGAAAACCACACACAAAUGACCUGCUGAAGAACAGCCACCAGUGAGUCCAAGAAAUGAGAGCAUCUCACCUCACUUACCUAACCUUUUCUGCUGAUAUGACUUUGCACCUCCGUGCCACGCCAACAAACUUCACCAGACCCCGUCCUUUCCAGUGCCCUUGUGCUGAUUUACCAGUAUGAAUUGAGUGUUUUUGUUCAAGCCUCCUUCCCCUCCAUUUCUUUCCCGACUCCAGGAUAAUUUAAUUGUGAAUGGAAAAACAGGUCCCAGAACAAUUAUGAAAGUAUAAUGAAGUUUGCAUUAGUCCAUGCAAUUAAACCAAGGAAAGAUGCGUGAGGAAUGUGACUAGAAUUCAGUACUGAUGUGGUAUGUUUAUAGCUAGGUCUUCGAACAGGCAUGUGCUGGGGGGCGAAGAGAGAAAAAAAGCACUAUUUGUACAGUAAAAUGACACCUCCAAAUAGCUAGAAAUCGGCCUGAAAGGAAAAAAAAAAAAAAAAAAAAAUCAGAAACGACUCUUCUAGCCUCUGCUAUUUUGAUAUAUAAAUUAAAACAGUGGGAAAAUGUGAGCUUCAACAUGCCUUCUUCCAGAGCUAAAAAUUGCACUUUCAAAUGCCCAGAUGAUUUUGGACCUGUCUGACAAGCAUCAAACACACUGCAUGAUGGAGCUGCUGGGUUGUGAGAGAAACGGGAGGUGAAAGCCCUUGCUCUCCUGCACUCACCUUUUAAACAUGACUGGUUCUUUGAGGUCUCAGUUCACUGACUUAAAGGUUUUUCUCUGCUGCCCUGCCAAAGAAAUUCUAGAUUUACAGCUCUCCCUGGGAAAUUUCUGCACAUGCGUCUUUCUUGAUUUGGUGUUCUUGCUCACUCUUGUAAUCUCCCCGACUGGAAUGCCUUCUCCUCGCUCUGUUUGAAUCUCACCAUUGGAAGCUCUUGCAGACCGUCCCAGCUCCAAGGGAAUUGUUUGUUUCUCUUCUGAGUUCCUGUCACUUUUAUCAGACACCUUCUUGUUUGGAACAAUCCAUGGUCUUUCCUGUUUUGUUGGUUGUCUUUCCAGCUGUAUGCAUUUUAAAUCCUAGUAAAGAUACACUUUCCUAUAGGUCAGAGGCCAUACCUCAUACUUCCUGGAUUCCAUCACUGUUGCUUAGCGAUUCACCUUACAUCAUACUAAAUUGUACUUCAUUUUAAAAGCUGGAAAGGGAGACUUCCCUGGCAGUCUAGUGGUUGAGACCCCACACUUCCAAUGCAAGGACUGGCAUUCAAGUCCUGGUCGGGGAACUAAGAUACCACAUGCCAUGUGGCACAGCCAAAAAUUGAAAGAAUAAAAAUGAAAAAUAAAUAAAACUAGUUUUAAAAAUCUGGAAAGGACCAUGGAGA